AUGAAAACGUGGGCCAAGCUAGGCGGGAGCCGCACUCGCCGGCAAUCUCCCGCCAAUUGCAACCAAGCCGCAAACAGCGGCUGCUUCUCCCUCCGCGCUCCUCGAGGCUUCCGCGCUCCUCGAGGCUUCCGCUCCGACACCAUUCCCAGAAUCUUCUUCCGCGAGGCUCCUUAUCCGGUUCCCGACUCCUGCGUCUCCCCCGCGCAUCUUGAGACUUCCGCUUCUGCGGAAGAGAAGCAAAAUGCGCCCCCCUGCUCCGCUUCAGAUGAUUCCCGCAGCAGGACAUGUAGUACCCUUGUGGACCAAGACAAUGCCACCGCCGCCGCGGAUACCACGAACCACCGCCGCACCCCAUCCCACGUGUCCCACGCAUCGGAGCCCCCUAACUCUAACCCGCCGCUACACGCCGGGAGCCCUUGCAACUCGGCAAAAUCCAGCUCGUUCUCACCAGAUCACGCGGCGACGGCUGACACCGAUAUUGGAGCCUCGGAAAAACCAGCCUCGGAUGCCGAGCCUGGCAGCGGUCGCCGCGGUGCGACCAGAGUAGCUGCUUCUUCGCGGCGCAGGCACGGUUCGCCUGACGCUUCUCAGAUCUGCCGAAUCAACUCACCCACACGAAUCGCCGGAGCGAGUCACAGGCACGUCACGCCGCGGAGAGGAGGGUCGGGUACUCUUAACAGCUUGUCAAAGGAGUUCGAUUCUCCGCCUGCGGUCGUGUUCUCCGCGCUUUCGGCGCAUCCCUCUUCCGCCGCCGCCGGCGCCGCCACCGCCGCCGCCGCCGCCGCGGGGCGCUCGCCCGUUGCCGCGGGAUUGACUCGCCUCAUUCACGACCUCUACGGCGGCGAUGACAGCGGUGACAGCGACGGCGGAGGAAACGCGCACUUUCACUCGGAAGGAGACCUCUACGGUUCGGUCGUUCUUCCCGCAAAUCGCGGCGGAAGCGCCGAUUUCAGCGUCGCCAGAAGCGCCGCCGGCGGCAGCAGGAGCGGUUGGGGAGAACUUGGCAGCGUAGACGAUUUCUCCCCCGACCAUUUCACGGGGCCUCCGCUAUCAUCGUCGCGACCGCAUCUCACGGGGUCUCCGCUAUCGCGAAACGCCACUCUUGAUUCUCAUGAAAUAGCGCAGCGUCGGUCGCGGCGGACGCUCUCUCAGCCGCCGGAUUUCCCUGGCUUCCAGCAGGACCUGGGCGGCUCCCCCGCCAGGGGUGGCGGCAGAAAACACGGCGUAUCAUUCGUCGGAAGAGUGAGCAGCGACUCGCCACUAGGAGUUCAGACGCAGCAUCUGGCGUACGAUCACGAUGGCUUCGCGAGCCCUGUCAGUUUCGCGAGCCCACUCAGAAUCGCGAGCCCACUCGGCAGCUUCGACUCGACGGGAGGACCACGUCGCACUGCUACUACUAGCAGCAGCGGCAGCGGCGGCAACGGCGGCGGCGGCGGCGGCGGCGGAGGCGGUGGCUGCAGCGGAAACGGCGCCGACGGACGCGGUUUGUCCAGGCGGUCGCUGACACAGCCUAAGACCCGCGUGCCGGCUUCGCAUACGGUUGGCCCGUGUACGAGCUCCGUCACCGGCGGCAGCUGUCGCGCAGCGGGAGGAGGAAAGGCUGCUUGCAACUACCCAGGAGGGGCUACCCCGAGGCGGUCUCAGUCGGGCGGGUCUCAUCUGCGCGGGUCGCACGGAAGCGGACACGGAAGCGGGGGCGGAAGCGGGGGCGGAAGCGGGCACGGAAGCGGACACGGAAGCGGACACGGAAGCGGACACGGAAGGGGGGACGGAAGCGGAGGCGGAAGCGGACACGGAAGCGGAGGAAGCGCGGGCGAUAGCAAGGGCGAGUUGCGUCGGAGUGGAGCGGCGGCGUCAGCGGCGGCGGCGGCGGCGGGCGCUAGGCACACGAGACACCUAAGCCAGGGAAGCUGCGCUUACUCCUACACCGUGCGCCGCGAACAAAGUCGCGACGAAGUCAACGCGGUCAAACAUGCGUCCGACGUGGUGUUAUCCUCUCCUAGCAGCUCCCACCGGCUUGACCAAAGCAACAGUUCUUCCGCCGACUUAUCCUCGUUCGACCUGCCCAAUCUCGAAUCAGAAGAGCCUUCUCCCGCGGUCGAGCCAGCUGCGGGCAGGCGCGGCUCGCCUGACGGAGCGCGAACUUGCCCAGAAAGAUCGUUGACGGGCGAGGAUGACGAAUUCUGCUCGCGUCGCGCCAAGACCGUGCCGCUUGACGCCCAUUCCGCGCAUUCUCGAAGGGCCGGAUCUCGGCGCUCGCUCACGGGCCAGCGGGGAAGCGGGCGGAUCGGCGACGGCACUGUUUCUGAAACCACCACUCCCGCGCAGCGCGCGCUCGAGCUUGCGCCGGUGGCGGAGCCUUGUUCCCCGGCUGCCGCGGGGCGUCCGGCGCCGCCCGUUUCCACGGGACUGAGUCGCUUGAUGGCGGACCUGUACGGCGGCGAGGAGGACGACUCGGUGGGGGAGGGGGAUCUCUACGGCGUCGCGGUUCUCCCCUCUUCGAGCAAGAGUGGUCGUCGCGCAAGUAUUAGCGGCGGAACCGGCGGGUUCGGCGGAAGCAGCAGGAGGAUUGCGUGGGAAGGAGCCAACGGCGACGAUUAUCUUUCGUACCCGGAAGAUCUGUAUGCGGUGGCGUUUCGGUCUGGACCGCUGCCGCCGAGCCGGUCGCCGGCCGCUUUCUCUCGCAGCGGCGGCGGAGGCGGCGGCGGCGGUGCCGGUGGCCCGCCUGCGCGUUCCCCGCUGUCGCGGAACGCCACGAUGCACAUGGUUCCGAAGCAGCGAUCGCGUCGGACGUUCUCCCAACCCUCGGAUUUCCCGGGUUUCCAGCAGGAUCUGGGUGGGAGCAGCAGCGCGAUCGGCGGAGGCAGUCUCCCACGACGCUCGUUGACUCAGCCGAAGCUUCGUGCACCAUCAGAUCCUGAUUUAACUGGCUCGAGUGACACCAGAGCGGCCGGCGGACAGGCUUAUGCAGAAGCGUCUAUCCCGGAAGCGUCUACGCCUGAGAGUCUUUUCCGGGGAGAGUCUAGCCGGGGGGGUUCUCAUCGGAAGGGGUCUUUCCGGGGGCGGCCGAGCGAGGAUCAGACGAGCCCUUUGACGGGCGAUCCGACAGGCGUUUGCUACGACAGCAGUAGUAGGGGCGCGGGUGGGCAGAGGCGGCGCGGAAGUGCAAGCGGAAGGGAAAUUGGGGGCGGCGUAAGGACACCGCCAGCAGAAGGACACCGGAGAAUUCCGAGCGGGGCCAGUUACGACGGGCGCGAGGGGGGAUUCGAAGGCGAGGUGCGACUUAAGGAACGGGCGGAAGGACACCGGAGGAACCCAAGCGGGGCCAGUUACGAUGGGCGCGAGGCGGGUGAGAUUGACGACGAGUUGAACGGUAGUGGUUCGAGGGAGGGGUUUGGCUCGUUGGCUGAAGCUGAGCGGCUGGAUCAGAUUGCCUCAACUUAA